AUGCAGAGCAUGUUCUAUCAAGACGGGGAGCUGAUCCCAGAACCAGAAUACGACCCCCGUCAGGUCUCCAACUGGGUCAAUGUCCUUGUCCGAGCCGAAGACGAAGCACUCGACGAUGAGACCCUAAUGCGCACCAUCGUGAUGCAAAUCCGCACUGGCGCCGCAACCAUUUCCGUCCUACCGGAGCACCACACUCGCGCCCUCUGCAUAUCCAUCAAGGCUCCCGGUGACUACCACUCCAGCAAAGCUUCGAUCUUCGCGGCUGCAGAGCUGCAGGCAGACUUUUACCGACAGGAGAUUCGCACAGGUCGGGUGCGUGUCAAUCGAGAGCUGUUGUUCCGUCGUGAGGAUUAA